GUCAAAUGAAUGGGACGUGUUUUGCUGGUAGUGGUACUUCUAAUGAGAAUAGAAAAAGGAAGGAUAGGUAGCACUUUACAGUAAGAAAAUUGGAUAGACCCUGCUGUUCUUAAGUGUAACAAAAACUUGAAAAGGGUGCCCUAGUCUUAUUACCUCACUGUUGCUAAGUGUUCGCUGAUCAUUUUUUAGAUCUUAGGUUGGCUGUUAAUGUUAUUGUAUUUGUAUUAACAAUAGUACUAUUAUUAUUAAUAUAUAUAUUAUAAUAUAGAAUUAGGGCUAACAGGCAUAUGUAAAAAGCAACUAUUACUACUAGUUGUCACUAUUACUAACUCCUAAGUGUUACUUGUUAAUAUUACUAUGACUAAUAGUAAUAUAUUCUGUUGUGAUGUUAGCUGUAAUUUGGUCUACAUUGAGAAGUUAAAGAAGUAUAUUUCAUUGAAAUAUGUAUAACUAUAACAGUAUAACUAUAAUAUAAGUCUAGUACUACUAAUACUAAUAUAGUUAUAGUAUGUAUGUCUACCAGUACCAGUUAAGGUGAAAUUAUUACUUUAUCAUUUAUGACCUGAUUUACCAAAACUGUAAAAUUGAUAAUUAAGUUUUAACAGUCUCGGUGUAAUUGUAAGGAAAGAAAGAUUCUGUGUGCAGACAUCAACAAUAUUGAUCAGUUGUAUUGUAACUAGUAAAGUUGUAGUAUUACUACUAAUAUUUAGUAAUAAUUUAUACUUCUUUAUAUUACUUGUCACUAGUAAGUGGUAAUAUUAAUAGAAUUUUAGAAGAAGCAAUCGUAAGGGGAACAUGCCAGGUGCCAACCACAAUAUAAAGACAGUAGUAAGUCGGCAGUUGAUUGGUGUAGUUUUAGUAGGUGAGACAUUUAAAACUAUUAAUACUUCUGCUGUUGGUGGUUCUUCAAACAUUUCAACCCUACCAUUAACAUCUUACAGAAGUUUAAACAAUCAGAACUUUAUUUCCACAUAUGAUGUUAUUGUAAAUAUUCUUGUAGAAAACACCUCUUGUACUAUUGAUAGUCUACGAACUCUCAUAUCAAAUUAUGCACCAAAUCUUCCCACAAACUAUUGUUUUUUAUCAAGAAAUGAUUGUGAGCUGUUAAAAACACAAGAACACUGUGUGAAAGUUUGUGAAAUUGUAGACAGCAUGAACCUUAUUCGAAUAAGACGACAAUUUAAUAAACCACGUAUUGGAGUUCUUGUAAGGGAAAAUAAUGUUAUUCAACCAGCUGGCUUUAUUUUUGUGGAUUUGAAUGUUAGUGUUUCAGAAGUAAGAAGAGAAAUUUUGGAACAAUUGGGUGGCAUUUGGAGUGAGGGUAAUGCUAACCACAACUUUAUUUUUCAAGAUAAAAAUAUGUGGCCAGUUACUACAAACCAGGAAAAUCAACUAGUGGGCUGGGAUAUCUACAAAGAAAAUUGUUUUACAGUUUCUACAAGGAUGAACAGAAAAGUAGAAAGAUCUGAUGAAAUUGAUGAUGUGGAUAACAAAAAUAGAAGUAAGAAAAGAAGGAAGAAUAACCAUGAUAGUGAGGUAAGAGAAGAGGAUGUAGUGGAAGCUCAUAGUAGUAUAAGCCUAAAUAGAAAUCUGAUCUAUCAACAGUCACAUUCAACUGAAGGCUCAAAACAUAUUUUAAUAAGCUAUGUACGAGCAGAGUCAGCUCACCAUGCAGUUGAUCUGAAACGACAACUUAAGGAUAUGGGUUUCAGUGUGUAUCUAGAUAUUGACGAGAUAUAUGGUGGGCACGACUGGCAGGAUGCACUUAAUGCAGCCGUGACUAAUUGUGAGAUUUUUAUUCCACUAAUAACACAACAGUAUGGACGAACACAGUGGACAAACAGAGAGGUAAAAUUAGCUGACCUGAUGGCUAAGGUCAUAAUUCCUGUUAAUUUUCUGGAUUAUUGGCCUCCAGAGUGUCUGGCUAUUCAGUUUUCUUCCGUGCAGUAUAUUCCAUGGAAAUCGUCUAAGGAUAUAGAAGAGGCUAAGAAGAAUGGUGAAGAAAAACGUGCUACAGACAUUCGUUUUUGGGACUUGCCAUAUGUUAAACAGGUGGCAGAGGCUAUUACUGAGAGAUGUAAAACUCUUAUAACCCAGAAUGAUACUGAUGCUAAAGAAGAACCAUCACUAAAGCCACAAUUACGAAGUUGUCCAAGUCUUGUAUCUGAAAAAUUUCCAGAAAUCAACCUUCCAAGAGAAGGAAAGCCACUGGUGGUGAUCAGUGUCCAUCCAAACCAGCAGGAUUUUGCUGAACAUCUUCGGCUUAUUCUUUAUAAGGUAGAUUGUGAAGUAUGGUGUUCUACAGAUAUUUUAAGACUUACUUGUUCAGGAGAUGAAGUUUCCAGUGCAACCAGUGGUUCUCCACAAACUCCUAGUACUCCAAUACUUGAGUCUUUACACACAUCUACAACAGAAGGCUUUAAUGAUGUGGUUACAAGUCAGUGUGAGAGCAGCAAUGAAUCUUUUAAGUUUUUCCAUUGGAAUAAGCGACCUUCAUUACAGUUUUCAUUUAGCACAGAAGGAGGUAUUAGCCUUUCUCAGGGCAGUGAUUAUUGCACUGAAGGGUCAACCUGCACUCUUUCAACUGUGUCCUUAGAUAGGAUGAAGUUAUUUCGUAAACAAGCUAAUGAGGCUGGAGUUGCAAUACUGAUUUUAUCGGAAGCAUACUGUAAUUCAAAAACUUCUUUGCAACAGGCUUUCUACUGUGAACUUAGAAAGCGGGUCAUUUUAGUUAAAUAUGAAGAUAUUCUGUUGUCAUCUUCACUUUCUGUUCUGUUUGAAAAUGAAAUGUUUGAUAGAAAUAAAGAAGCAUUUUCUGAAGACAUCAGAAAACAAGUAGAGAUAUCCCUUAAGUCGCCACUUUCCAAAGAACUAAGCUGUGAGGAAUCAAAUGUUCAGAAACUUGUGUUUGAAGCUGAGAAAAAGAUAGUGAAAAGAUUAUGUGUUUAUAUUUGUGGAAGCAGCAAAUUUUUUAACCCUAAAUCAGAAGCUAUCUGUCAUGCAAUCGGUAGUGAAUUGGCAUCACUUAGGUUUGUUUCACUUAUUAGUAACGGUUUUUAUGGUGUUGGAGAAGCAGUUAGUCGAAGUUUUUGUGAGGAGCGUGAACUUUUGCAAGAAAAGCCUCAAUUGCUUUACCAUAUUCUGCCACUUCAAGAUUCUGAAGAUCUUUCAAAGAAAACUCGACAAAACAGAGAAUAUAAAACGUUUUAUAAAGUACCUUAUGGACAAACUAUUUUCAUUGGAAAUAGUAUGAAACAACGCAAUUCCGUGAUAGCCAGGCUUAUAGAUAUCUGUAUAUUAGUUGAAGGGGGACCAAGGACUGUCCAGGAAAUAGAAGAAUUGAUGUGGAAUGACCAUGUGGUCAUUCCAGUCAUGUGUACUGGGGGUGCAGCUGCAGGUCAGUUUAAUGCUCCUACACGUAUGACUGAAGUACCACCAGGGGUCUCUGAAGGUGACUGGAUUACACUUACCAGAACUGAUGUAACAGCAGAAGAUAUUGCUCAAGCUGUUAAAAGAGUUGUGUGUAGUCUAAAGCGAAAGAAAUGCAGAGAUUUAAGAAUGAAGAAAUUGGCAAAGGGAAAACAGAAACUACAAAAAAAGAAAUUAUGAAUAUUAAAAACAAGAAGUUAAAUUAUUAAUGUAACAACACAUGUAUGCAUUUAGUGUUUGCAUGUUUUGCUUUAAAAAAUAUGUUUUAAAUUGAUCAAGUGAAUAUAAUAUAUAAUAUACAU